AUGCCCAUCGAGAGGGACGGCAGUGAUACGCUGGCCGGCGCUGCCCAAUCGAGCCGCCCGCCCUAUAACCGCUCCAACACAUCCAACACUGGCAAUGGCAGCGACACUCAGGUGUCUCAGUCGCAGAAUCACCACCACCACCACCACCAACAACAACAACAGUAUCACCAGGCUCAGCCAUCCCAGUCUACUCAGGCUACUCAUCGCUCUAAACACCAGAAACGUGUCGUCGGAGGUGGUGCCGGUCGCUUCCACGCCCGCGUUCCGUCGUCCAAAGGCCUGCAGAAGAGCCACAACCAGUCCACCACCAAGCUCAAAAGUCGCGCAUCGUCCCCCGAACCCGACCGCCCGGCUCAGUUUGCGAAUGCUCACCGUCGCACCACAUCCGACCUGAAGCUCACCGCCGUCUCUAACACCAACCAUACCUCCAAUUCCAGCUCCAACUCCCACUCCCAAUCGCCUGCACAAGCGCCUCUGAGGAAGAACACUUCCCACUCCAACCUACCCUCCAAGCCCAGCCGUCCGCGUCCCGACAUUGGCAAGCGAUCCAAGUCCGCCGCUGUCAUCAAACGCUCCUCCUCUCACAAGGACGUUCAGAAACUCAAGAGUCAAAAGAACCAGGUGCAUUUCGACCUAGGUAACGACGACGACGACGGAACCGGUAAUGAGGACGAGUGGGUCGACGCGAGCGCAUCUGCAUCCCCGUACCUCUCUAGGCGCGGCUCCGUCGUGAGCGGUGGACAAUCGCCCGCCAAACCACCCUCACCGAUCGACAACGACUCCCGACCGCAUAGCGCCCCGAACGCCGACGAUCGUUCAUCGGAUCACGACGACGACGAUUCCCCUUCGCGCCAGACUGCGCGCCACAACAGUUAUAUCACAUCCCGGCUCUUGCAGCGCACCCCAUUACACGGUGCGCCUCCCCAGAUGUCUGCCCAGACUGUCUCUGUACCUCCGCCUUCUGGUUCACCCACCUCUCAGGCGAGCCGGGGUCCGUCAAGCCUCUAUGGUACCCCAAAGACGAGUACUCUCGGCGCGAGUGGCCCAGAAGAAUUGAUAUCCCGCUUUGUUAACGGAUCGGGGCCUAGCUCAGGAGGGCGUGGGGAUCCAGACUCAUACUUCGUGCCUACACACGCGCCGCUGCGUCGGGAUGAUGGUGGCAUACGGCGGCCGCAAUCGCUUGGAAAUCUGAAUCAACCUUCCCACGAUUCGACUAGUGAAGACGAUGAGAGGGCUCUGGCGCCUCGCUCGAAGAAUUCCAUUCACAAGGCACCGCCCGCUAGUCAAUCGCGCACUCAACAGAAGCUUAACCUUCAACGUGCCAGCUCCACCAUAGAACCUGCGCAAGCAGGACCGGGUGUUGGCGGCGUAGGCCCGAGCCUAUUAGUCGGCAGCAGUGACUACGAACACCGUGACCCUCGUAUCAGCAGGCUUGUAGAGCGUACGGGGAUGGAAUACUUGGUAGUCAGACGGUAUCAGAACCCCAUCGCGCGAUCUAUAGCGCGACUGUCACAUCUCCCCGGGGCUAGCAACAAUCGUCGCAUCCCCAAACAGAACGGGACGAACGGGGCCAACACCCACGGCAAGAACUCACUAGAGAACGAUGGAGCGGGACGGCUCGGGCUAAGCCAGAGCAUGACACAUCUCACACGGUCUCGACCGACGACCCCACGACGAUCGACUUCGAUACGAACAACGGGGACGAGGUCAAGCUUCGAGGCCCACGAGGAGCGGCCACACGACCGCAUGAGCGGCUCGAGCUAUGCAGAUGGAAACGACGAUAAUAACCUUGCCACACUUCUACGUAAUCUCUGGGACAAGAGCAAUGAUUUGGGCGCAAGUCAGGACUAG